CAAGAACCUUGGCUGCGCGCGUAUGGCAGCGCCGUUGCGUGGAGGGAGCCCCCCCCCCAUUCAUGCUAGCCAAAACAGCGCAAAAAGGCACUGAACCCCCUCCCCCCCGCCGCCAAGCUCUGCUGAGGACCGGCUUUGGGACGAGGGGGUCUGUUUGGCCCAAUCCCGGUCUGUGGAGGCUCUUUGGCCAGGGCCAGCAGCGGUCCCCCGUUGACUGAGACUCGCUUUGGGGGAUGCCAGACGCCAGGACGGCGGGCUCGAGAGAGGCGCCUGGAGGGGGCGAGGGAGCUCCUACCUUCCCCGGCAAGGGGAAAUCGAUCACGACGACUCACUCGGGGAGCCAGAUUUCCUCUACAGCCCAUGCGAUCCAAUCCUCCCCCCCCUGCGCUCCACCAGCCCCAGCAUGAGUCUCCCCCUCGCAGCUCCUCCCCCACCCGUCAGAUCCCUUCCCCCGCUCCUACCUGACUCCCGGCGGGACUCGACGCGGCGCCUCUCGGGACCUCCGCCUGCUGCCGCGUCUCCUCGCGUCUGUCUCCCCCCGGCCGCCCGUCUGGCUGGCUGGCAGCGGCAGAGAGUCCGUUCCAGUCCGGACCUGGAUCCGUCCCUCCAGGAUCGCGCCGGCCAGAAGUUCGCCUCUCCCCUCUGACGCACUUUAAAGAGUCUCCCCCUUCAACCUCCGGGCGAGUAAUAGCGGCCAAUCAUCAAGCCAUUUACCAGGCUUCAGAGGAAGCUGUUUAUGUGAUCCUGGCGCUAAUUAGGCUCAUGAACUAACAAAUCGUUUGCGCCACUUCGGGCGAGGGGACCCGCUCGCCUCCAUGGAGGGCCGCCGCUGGACUUAGCCGCAGAGGAGGACAGACCCAGCAGCCCCGAGGAGAGGAGCGCGGACCGGAGCCGAGCGGAGUAGCCGGGGGUGGGGGGGCCCGGCCGGUCACAACUUCUCGCCCAAACUUUGCUGGCGGCGGAUGCAGUGAGCGAGCGGAGGAGCGCGCCUCCCUCUCGGGCGCGGGGCCCUUUAUGUGGCCGGCCAGCUCGCCUGCUCGCCCACCGGCCAGCCUCUGCCCCCCCGUGGAUCUAGGCGCCCCCGCCGUCUCGCCGGGACCCCCCGGAGCAGCAGCAGCAGCCGCCGCGCCCGGGCCAGGGGGCCGCCGCCGACCGCCGGGAUGUUCCAGCCCACCCCCAAGCGCUGCUUCACGAUCGAGUCGCUGGUGGCCAAAGACAGCCCGGCCUUGCCCGCCUCCCGCGCCGAGGAGCCCAUCCGGCCGGCGGCGCUCAGCUACGCCAACUCCAGCCCCAUGAACCCCUUCCUCAACGGCUUCCAUGCCGGCGGCCGCGGCGUCUACGCCAACCCGGACUUGGUCUUCGCCGAGGCCGUCUCGCACCCGCCCAACCCGGCCGCCGUGCCCGUCCACCCCGUGCCCCCACCCCACGCCCUGGCCGCCCACCCGCUGCCCUCCUCGCACUCCCCGCACCCGCUCUUCGCUUCGCAGCAGAGGGACCCCUCCACCUUCUACCCCUGGCUCAUCCACAGAUACAGAUACCUGGGCCAUCGCUUCCAAGGCAACGAAGCCAGUCCGGAGAGCUUCCUUUUGCACAAUGCGCUCGCCAGGAAACCGAAGCGGAUCCGCACCGCCUUCUCGCCGUCUCAGCUGCUGCGACUGGAGCACGCUUUUGAGAAGAAUCACUACGUCGUCGGGGCAGAGAGAAAGCAGCUGGCGCACAGCCUCAGCCUCACAGAAACUCAGGUAAAAGUUUGGUUUCAGAACCGACGGACAAAGUUCAAGCGGCAGAAGUUGGAAGAAGAAGGUUCGGACUCCCAACAGAAGAAAAAGGGGACUCAUCACAUUAACCGGUGGAGACUCGCCACCAAACAAGCCAGCCCGGAGGAGAUCGACGUCACGUCAGACGAUUAGGGCCCCCCAGCCUUGGCCACAGAUGCAGCGGCAGCAGCAACCCCCUCUCCCCUCACCGGCUGGCACUUACAGACUUUCCCCGGGAGCGAGAGAGCGAGCGAGAGAGCGACGCACGUGUUCCCACCCGGGCUCCUGACAACCCCUGGAAAGUGAGUGGCGUGGCAGGGCGAGGGACAGAGCCGGCAGAGCGCCUUUAGAGAGGGCGGGCGCUAGCCCGCCGGCCAGCCAGUCAGCCAGUCUCAAAUCAGCCCCAACCGUGGCCUUGCUGGUCCAGUACAAAAAGUGGGGGAGGGGGAUCCUGUCCAUCAACGCCAAACCACCGAGACGAGAUGAUUGACAGGCUCAAAAAAAUCGAAUUGCUCCAUUUUUUUCUUUUUUUAAAGACGCACGCAGGCCGCCCCACAUCACACAGACUACCUUAACGGGACAUCUUGCAUUUCGUAAAGGGAUUUAUUCUGAUUAAGAAUUUCUCUCGGUGGUUAGGAGAGAAGGUUCCACACCCAGCCAAAAUCUACACACUUGUUCCAGAAACUUGAAUUGCAUGCUUUUGAAGAGAACUUGCGGGAGGGUGAAGAAGGGAGAAGGGUUUUUUGGUUUUGUUUUGGUUUUGUUUUUUAACCCGGUUGCUCAAGACAGGCAGGCAUAAGUCGUAUUUUUGUUCGGGUUUCUUCCCCAAGACAGGUUCGGUGUGCUUUUUAAAUUUAUUUUACGAGAAACUGUGCAGUCUGUAAACCUUUUUAUGAUAACUUCUGGCGUCAACGUGGUUGUGAACACUCAAUGAAGUAGCAGUAACAAAUUUUUCUCUAUAUAUUUUUGCUUCCCCAAUGGAAAACCUUUGAAGAAAAAGGAUUGGGUUAGGGUGGGGGAGGGAACCCUUAUCACUGUUGCUGCAACAUUGGUGGUGGUGGUAGGGGAGGCAUUUAAAGCAACUAGUCCUCAUGCUGCCAUUUUUGGUUCUUGCGUUUCCCCUCCCCCUUGCUUCCUUCGGCGGGGCUCUUCCCAGUCAGGGUUUCAGAAGGAUCGGGGAUCUUGACGAUCUCUUUUCUAGCAAGGACCACAACCCAGGCCCGUUUUCAUGGGGGACAAAUUUCAAGCACUGAUUGUGAUGGUUCAGAUUAUAGAGCUACUAAAAAAAAUGACAAGGGUUUCCUUAAUGUCUUCUUCACCAGAAUGUAAAUAUUUUUGUGUUUUGUGUUCUUAAUUUGUUAGAAUUCUAACACACUAUAUACUUCCAAGAAGUAUCUCAAUGUCAAUAUUUUGUCAAUAAAGAUUUAUCAUUAUGGCCUAAA